UCUCGUGUUGUUGUGAGAUAAACAGCCUCCGAUAUUUACUGUGACCGUGUGAUGGAUGUGAAUUGAACUAUGGAGGAGGAGUCUAUGUCCGGGCACAGCUGUUCCGAGGACGAUAUCAGUGUUGGGCGGCCGUCACCGGCGCCGUCGCGGUCGCCGUCGCCACAAGAUUACUUCAGGCCGCUAAAACGAUUGAAGAUGGCUUCGGAGCCGGUUGAGGAGCGUCGCGGAGAAGGCGUGAAGAGUUUCUCUAUACUGGACAUUUUGUCGCAUAGUCCGCGAACGCCGCCGCGUAUAGUGCGUCCAUGGGAUGCUUCAGGGUUUGAGCGAUUGCAGCGGUUACAGCGUUUAGCCGGUGCGGCACUGCUGGAUGGCGAACGUUGGAGAUUAGCAGCUCUCGGGCUGCUGAGGCCGAGGGAAAUGGCGCCGGCGGAGUGCUGUGAUUCAGCGUCGGAAAGAUCGUCGUCAGCUUCUGAUUGCUGCUCGGAACCGAGACGCGCUUCGCAGGCCGGCUCUAACGCUCCUCACACGCCACUGGACGCUCUAUUCCACAUGACCAGCAAAACAUUUGAAGCGAAUAAUCCUGACAACGGAGAUGGUCAGUCAAAUCAUUUGAACCUAUUCAACUCGAGGCCACAGCCGAAGAAGAAGCGAAAAUCACGAACAGCGUUUACAAAUCACCAGAUAUUUGAGCUGGAAAAGCGUUUCCUCUAUCAAAAGUAUCUAUCGCCGGCGGAUAGAGACGAAAUAGCCAGUUCUCUCGGUCUUUCCAACGCCCAAGUCAUCACCUGGUUCCAAAACAGACGAGCGAAGCUAAAACGCGACAUGGAAGAGCUGAAGAAAGACGUCGAAAGUGCUAAAGUACUUUCCGCCCAUAAAAGUUUCUUAGAAAACGUUACCGACUUGGGGAUUCUUAAGAAGAAAGCGAUGAGCAUAGGCGCUAGUGAGGAGGCUGCUACGAAUCUUGUAGUGAAUGCGUCUAAAUGAAACGAGGUGGCGCGUGCUAUCGCGCCAGACGCCUACGAUCGACGAGUGCUCGAUUACUAAAUCGAUACAGACUAUAUAAUCGAUAUUCGCAUACGUGUUAAAGGACAUAGUGACGUUAGAUUUUAUCUUCACUAAUCUAGUUAAAUGUACUUCACUAUUUAAUAAUGUAAAUAAAUUAAUGUGAUUGUACAAAAUGAUAUGCUUCGUUCGAAUAAAUGUGAUAGUUUAUACUUAAGUACUUAAUGUUUUAUAGAUAUUAUAUUCCUAAAUUAUUUAUUGUAGGUUGUAUCGACUGGCAUUUAGUG